AUGAUUUUGGCAAGGACUUCUUUUUUUCUGGCUUCAAAGCGCUUAUAUGCGACCUACAUUCCUGGCUCGAGGCCAGUUUUCAAGCGUACAAAGCCUCAUCUGAAUGUCGGUACAAUUGGGCAUGUUGACCAUGGAAAGACUACUCUUACUUCAGCGAUUACGAAAGUACUUGCUGCUUCCAAGAAGGCGAAAUUUGCAAAAUAUGAGGAUAUUGAUAAUGCACCAGAAGAACGUUCUCGUGGCAUUACCAUUAAUACUGCUCAUAUUGAAUAUGAAACUGAUGCUCGUCAUUAUGCACAUAUUGAUUGCCCUGGACAUGCGGACUAUAUUAAGAACAUGAUCACCGCUGCACAAAUGGAAGGAGCCAUUCUUGUUGUAGCAAUUACUGAUGGGCCUAUGCCACAGACUAGAGAGCAUUUAUUGUUAGCUCGUCAAUGCGGAAUUCCUCAACAUAAUAUUUGUGUUUAUUUGAAUAAAUGUGAUGAAGUAAAUGAUGAAGAAACUCGUGAACUUGUUGAAAUGGAAGUUAGAGAACUUUUGAAUGAAUAUGAAUAUCCUGGAGAUGAAGUGCCGGUAAUUAUUGGCUCGGCAUUAUCUGCAUUGGAAGGAAUAAAUCCUGAAAUUGGUGAAAAAUCUGUUCUUAAACUUCUUGAAACUUUGGAUAAUUAUUUUAAAAUUCCUAAACGUGAGGUUAAUGAUGAAACUAUUUUUGCUGUUGAAAAAGUUUAUAAUAUUGAAGGAAAAGGUGGAGUUGUUACUGGUAAAUUAGAACAAGGAUCAGUAAAGAAAGGUGACAAACUGGUAAUUGCUGGACAAGGAAAAAAUAAGGCUACUGUUGUUAAUGGUUUGGAAACAUUCUGUAAAACUGUUGAUAAAGGUGAACCUGGAGAUCAAUUGGGUAUUUUGCUUCGUGGUGUUGAACCAAAAGAUCUUAAAAGAGGAUGUGUUCUUUUACCUCAAGGACAUAAACAUUUGCUUACUGAUAGAGUUCGUGCUCAAAUUUACGUUUUACGUCCAGAGGAGGGAGGUUCAAAGCUUCCUAUUGCCAAUUUUUUUGCGGAACAAGUCUUUUCGUUAACUUGGAAUUGUGUUGGAAAUAUUCGAAUUUUGGAUACAAAUAAAGAUUUUAUUAUGCCUGGAGAGCAUGCUGAAAUUAUUUUGGAAUAUAAUGUUGAUCAAUUUAUGUUACCACAGCAACGCUUUACGCUUCGAAAUUCUGAAAAUAUUACAAUUGCUUGUGGCGUAUUUUUGGAGUUGCUUGAACCAAUGACUUUUGAGGAGAAAGAUAAAAGAAAUCGUAAAAAACAGAAGCGUUCAGUUAUGGAGAAACUUGGUUUUAAUCCUUAUGAGGCAAGUUGGGAAAAGACUUGCAAGCCGGAUUAUUCAAAAUCGCCAAGUAACAAUCCUGCUGAAGAACUUUUUAGAAGGGAAGCAACUGGACAUUGA